CCAGUGGGAAUGCCCACUUUAAUCAACCAAUCCAGACCUCUGAGUGAGGCACAUGACUCUGACAUCUCUCUCUAACAUAAGCAUAACACACAGGCAUUAUAUUAUACAUAUAGCAACACUUUUCAUUUUAAUUGAUUUUUAAAUGUGAGCUAGAAUUUGUUUUCUAAAAUGUCAUGUUGUGCAUACUAUCGAACUGGACACCUUUUCAAGCCAACAGAAGAUGGUUGUGUUUACAGGCAGUUUGAAGAGAAUUCUGGUCCAAGUUGCUCUGUUUUUGCAGCGUCCGUUUAACUACAGCGAACUACAAUGUAUGGCCAAAUGUAUGGGGAUGCCUGACCACUACACCCAUAUACAGUAUCUCACAAAAGUGAGUACACCCCUCACAUUUUUGUAAAUAUUUGAUUAUAUCUUUUCAUGUGACAACACUAAAGAAAUGACACUUUGCUACAAUGUAAAGUAGUGAGUGUACAGCUUGUAUAACAGUGUAAAUUUGCUGUCCCCUCAAAAUAACUCAACACGGUCAUUAAUGUCUAAACCGCUGGCAACAAAAGUGAGUAUACCCCUAAAUGAAAAUGUCCAAAUUGGACCCAAAGUGUCAAUAUUUUGUGUGGCCACCAUUAUUUUCCAGCACUGCCUUAACCCUCUUUGGCAUGGAGUUCACCAGAGCUUCACAGGUUGCCACUGGAGUCCUCUUCCACUCCUCCAUGAUGACAUCACGGAGAUGGUGGAUGUUCGAGACCUUGAAUGCCGUAUUGAAAAUUUUAUGCAUGUAAAUGUAAACCUUGCUCAUGUCAUAAGAGUUCUGAGAUAAAGUUUUUAAUCUAUAUCUGAGUUUGAUCAUUCUUAUCUUGUCACCAGCCUUACAAAGACGUCUGAACCUAGAGAGACCUGGGCUCUGAGGAAAAAGGACUCGCACGGGAAUUAACACUCAAACACUCUCCCACAGAAUUAGCCUAGUCACCUGAGAGAACACAUCAUGCUGAGUGGAGACUGGAAGAUCCUCACUACAUUGUUUCCUUCUUCCUCUCCUCACACCCUUCUCUUUCUCUGUAUUGAGAUCACCUUAAACACACCCAAAGUCUAUAUGCAUUACAUAACAUGUUUUAAUGUGAAUAAGAUGUUGACUAUACAGUUUUGCUGUAUUAUACAAAAGGUCUCAGUGCGUCUGGAAAAUAUGUUCUCAACAGCAGCUCAAAUAAAAAUAUUGCAUGCCGUUAAAGGCAUACCCUCCCAGGGUCCCUCACUUGAAUUAGCUCCUGUAUGUAAAUAAGGUACAUCCUUCCACAGACAUCAAAUUAUAAUAACAAACAACACCAUUUGGUGGACCGACACAGCAUCUGGGUGUUUAGGGGAGGGCUGACCAAAGAUUCUGGGAAUCUGUAGACAGAUCUCACACAUGAUCACUGUGUGUAGUUUUCUCUACCAGGUAUAUAAGUUCUGACUUUCUUAUGUUUUGAAUUUGAUUGUAAUGUAAUGUUGAAUGUAAUUAUUUCUUAUUAUUAUUAUUAAUAGCAGUACUGGAUUUGGAUGUGUUCAUACCUGGUUAAAUAAAUUCUUAGACUUGAUUAUAUUCUGACUUAUGCUGAAAUAUUGUCUCUAGUAGAUUACAUUAAGUCCUUGUUACCGCAAAUCUGCGACCAAGUUAGUACAGGCUAAAAUCCAGGUUCAAUUGGAGCAUUGGGGCACGCCAACUGAGAUUUUAGAGCCCACGCUAACAACUUGGCAUUAAGUUAAGUGUACUUAGAGUGUACAGACUCGAUAGGAAAAACCCAUUUAGGACAACAUCAAGUUGAUGGAUCAAGUCUAAAUAGGGUGAAGUCUAAACCUCUGAUUAUUGUAAUAUUUCUCUAGUUAACGUGUACAUAGGAAACUAUGGCAUGAUUAUAUACAGCUAAUUUUACUCAGAUGUUAUUGGUCUAUCUCUGUAGAUUUUAGUGGUCUUGACCUCUGACAAUGCAGCUCAGACAGGAUUGGAGUAAUGUGAGCUGAGCACUUGGUAUGUGUAAGAAGUCUAGAGGCUGAAUUUUGAAUAUAUUGCAACCUAGCAAUGGAAUUAGCAGGUAAACCAAUAAGGAGAGCAUUGCAAUAGUCAAGACUAGGGAUGCACCGAAUGUUCGACAGCCGAAAAUAGCAAAAAAGGUAUUUUCAGUGUUCUGCCGAAUAAGUGAAAAGGCCGAAUAAAUUUGACGUGUUUGAUGACGCGCCAAAUAGCCUAGCAACCAGAGUGAGAUGCGCGAAUUUCACGACCUCCACUUCCAGCAGCGAGCUCGGAGCGAUGAGGGGGCGAGCGCAUGCACGAACUACGUGCACGAGCGCAUGCUCUUCGGAUGUUGACAACCAUGACAUUGUUUACUGUGGACACGUGCGUUUAAUUGUUUCUGUUCGGGAGUAUUCUGUCACGUCGCGAGACGUAAGGGAGUAGAGUACGGAAGCAGGUCCGAACUCCCUCCCAGACUUUCCAGCCUGCCCUAGCCUGCCUUGCUCCUGCCUCCAGGAUGACCUCACUGAUUGGCAGCCAUACUUAAAGAGGAAGACGGCGGGAGAAUGUGUGGGAUGUUGGAGGGUCAUGGGGAACCUGGAGCCUAUCCCAGGGCGCAUCGGCACAAGGCGAGGUACUCCCUGGACAGGGUGCCAGUGCCCCUUCAAUGUACAGCAUAUAAAAAGAAAGAUCUGAACUUAAAGAAAAGCUCCUCACUAUGGGUGUAAUUCGUCUAAAAAAAAAAAAAAAGGUCCAGGACAAGGGAAGUGUAAUUCACCAAAGCUGGUUUACCAACCGCCAAUAAACCUCUGAAGAAGAACACACGCUUGUUUGCGGAAGUUGAUGUGAAAGAGCACUUCCUUCUCCACACGCGCUUCGGAGCUCUGAUACUCUGCAUAACAUCACUAAAGUGUCCUGAUUCUUUACACCUCUUAUAAUGAAAUCAGAGUCCAGAUGCCGCUCUUUAGGAAAAUCUCCACAGACUCCUGCUGCUACUGGCUCAAAGAUGUACCACUGCUCAGAUUGUGGGAAGAGUUUUAGUAAAAGUCAUCAUCUCAAAGAUCACAAGCGGAUCCACACAGGAGAGAAGCCAUAUUACUGCUCCCACUGUGGAAAUAGUUUUACUUGUCUGAGUACUCUCCAAAAGCACAUGCGCAUCCACACAGGAGAGAAGCCGCAUCACUGUGGACAGUGUGGGAAGAGUUUUGCUUACCAGAGUUCUUUCAGUCAACGCCAGCGCCUUCACACAGGAGAGAGGCCGUAUCACUAUGAACAGUGUGAGAAGAGUUUUACACGUCAAAGUCAUCUCCAGCAGCACGAGCUCAUUCACAUGGGUGUAAGGCCGCAUUGUGUGGACAGUUUGAGAUGAAUUUUAUUCGAGAGAGUCAUCUCAAACAACACCUGUACAUUCACACGGGAGAGAAGCCGUAUCACUGUGGACAGUGUGGGAAGAGUUUUACUCAAGACAGUAAUCUUCGGACACACCAGCGCAUACACACAGGCGCGAGGCCGUACCAAUGCUCACAGUGUGGAACAUGUUUUCGUAAAUAGAGUGCCCUCUACAGCCACCAGCAGAGUCAUACAGGACAGAAGCCGUACCUCUGCAGACAAUGUGGAUGGAGCUAUACUUAUUCAAGUUCAUUAAGGAAACACAAGUGCUCUAACAUAAAGCCAUCAGAUCUUGAUAUGUGAAUUUGUCAAAUGCUCCGUCUUUGCAGUGUCCAUUUAACUACAGCAAACUACACUGUAUGGCCAAAAGUAUGGGGAUGCCUGACCACCACACCCUUUUGUCUUUUGAACAUCCUCUGAUGGAACUGCAUCCAAUCCAUGGUCCCUUGAACCCAAUGUUUCUGAUAUAGUUUUCAGAUUUACUGCAACCCUGACCAGGAUAACAGUUACACUGUAAGAUCAAUGAAUGGAUUUUUGUUGUAUAUAUGUUUCUUUAAGAAGUAAGCUGAUGUUUGUAUGACCUGCAAGUCUUAGAAUUUUAUGCAGGAUCAGUAUCACAAUCAUGGACGAAGUGAAUGGAGCAUUGAGAGAGUACAUUACCAGGGGUCUGGGUUUGAUGACAUCUUCACUUUGGUAAAUCUCAUGUUUAAUAUUGCAUCAGAUUUAUGCUUUUCUUAUUAAUCAACAAAAAUUCUCCAUAAUGCAAAUCAUAGUUGUGUAAUUUAUUUUAAAAAAUCUGAAAUAUUACAUGUAUAAAUCUUCUGAUAUUUUGCUUUGACACUCACAGGUAAGCUCAUCAUAUUAAUCAUCCUUCAUCAACUUGAAUAAAGUUUACCUAUGGAAUAUUUUGAGUUUAUUAGUCAAAUUACAUUACUAUCAGUUUAUCCAUUACUAGAUCUGUAAUGAUGCUAUUAUACUGAAUGCUGAGCAAAAGUCCACCAAAAGGAUUCUAGGAGAACAGACUAACCAUUUCUGAUAUCUCAGAAUACAUCUGACACACUUCCUCACAGCAUUGUCACAUUCUUAGGUUUAAUUCAGACCAAAGGUUUUUAAUGUUUUUUACUGGAUUGAUCUUCACAUAAUCUGUUUACUGUGCACUUUCAGUGUCUUUAGAUCACCAAGAGGAAUAUCCAUGUCUACACCAGUCUAUUCUACAGAGUGGAAAGGCCUUGCUUAUGUAGAGAGGACAGAAAAAAGAUGUGAGAGGAAAUGGAUAAGAAGGAAGGUUAAGCUUGGGAAUGUUAUCUCUGACCUUGAAAAAACACAAGGCAAGAAAUGAAAUAUAUAACACAGUCAGAGACAGCCUUAGAUAUAAACCUGUCAUAAAUAAUUAUAAUGUGUGUGCAUGUAUUUAUUUAUUUAUUUAUUUAUUUAUUUAUUAUAUCUGGGUAUAAGCCAUCAAACCUUAUUUUGACAGGCAAGUGUUUGGUAAAGGUCAUAAAGAUGUGAAGAUCACAUGAAGAUCUGCGUCCAAGCGUGGUGGUGUUCUCUCUCUUCUUCUUUUCUUCUGCUUCGUCGUCUUCUUCCCAGGUUUAUUGGCGGUUGGUAAACCAGUUUUGAUGAAUUACCGCCACCUACUGGACAUGAUUGUGGCGCACUGAAAGGAGGUUAAAAAUUUUAUGUCAAGUUUAAAUCACCCUUAUACAAAUAUUAGAUAACUUAAUGUAGUAUGUACCUUUCCUUGUCCUGGAUCAUCUUCUUUUUAGAAGACUAAUGUAGUUACUUACUAUUAGUUAAUAACGAUUUUAUUGGCUAUGCAAUGAGUGGAGGAAGUUCAGCCAGUGGGGGCUGUUAUUUGUUCAGAAUCUCAAUCAGGUGUAAAUAGCUUAUUAAAUGGGCAUUCUGAAUCAAGACAAGAAUUAGUAUAUGAGAUACUUGCGCAUCUACUUAGAAUUCAGAAACUGGGGAUGGUCCUGAGAUUUCGUUGGGUACCAGAACAUGUGGAAGUACAAGGAAAUGAAAUAGUGGACAGACUGGCUAAACAGGUAAUGGAUCAUAUGGAUAUGUGAAGUGGUAUAUGAAGUUCAUAUACCACUCAGUAAAGAAGAGGUAAAAGGAAGAAUUAGAGAAUUUAGGAAUAUAAAGUGGCUAGAAAUGUGGGACAAGGAAAAAAACGGGUAGACAUGGUUGUGGAAAUUAGACAACACUCGCAGACUCGUCCUCUGAAGGUAAAAAGGUUUAUUACAGAAUGAUGAUUAGUACAGAAUAGAAUAAUGAGAGCGCUCUGAAGCACUUGAGCUGAACCACUACUAUAUAUAUGAAAAGCAGAGCAUGACACACUUCUGUGUACCGAUAAGCAAUUUAAACAGGCUUUGUUUUAGGAUCUUGGAAGAUAUUUAGACGAACCUUGAACAGAAGAACAUGUUUGUGUGUCUGUAAGCAGAUAAACAUUCUGUACAGAUCUCAGUGACAUGACAUGGCCUUCUUAGACGUUAUCCUCUGAUGAGAAUGAAACAGAACAAGAACAAAACUAUAACAAAGUAAAAAUUAGUAACUUCCCUCACAACAUCUAUACAAUAUCCAAAAACAGACAUCUUCAGUCGUCUUGACUCUGGAUCAUGGCGGUCACCAGGAAGUGAGAGUGAGGCCGAUGCUACGCAAGGCAUCCUCACUUUAAUCCAAUUCACGUGCAAGUCGAGUCCCAGUUUGUGUUUUCCAUAAUGGAGGCAGAAAUGUAAACUUCGGUCUUCGUCAAAAUCGACGGACGAACUCCUGUGUGUGUGGUCCAAAAACAAGGAGUGAUGCAAUUAUCACUCGGCUUCGAAUAGGACAUUUUGGAUUAAAUAAUCCAUAUUUCAAAAUAUGGAAACAUCAAACAGGAUUAUGCUUGAUGUGGUGAAACAGAGACUGUUUAACAUGUAUUAUUACAUUGUGUAAUGUUUACAAGGGAAAGAGAGAAGUUAUUAAAUACAUUGAGAAAUAUAGAGUCAAUCAAUAUCACCUUAUCAAACCUAGUGAAUUGUUCCCCAGGACAGUCAAAAAUACAAAGAGAAAUAAUUAUCUCAGGAAAACAGCACUGGACAUUUUAUUGGACAAAAUGUAUUUCCCUUCUUAUUAAUGCUUAACACUCCAGUCCAGUUGGUGGCGGUAAUACAGCAUGACUUGGCUUGUCAACCACCAUUAAACAACACAAGAAGAACAACACAUGCUUGGACUCGGAUCUUCACAUGAAAGGGAGCUUCCUUCUCUGCACGCGCUUCAGAUCUCUGAUACUCUGCGUAACAUCACUAAAGAUGUACCACUGCUCAGAUUGCGGGAAGAGUUUUACUAAAUGACAUGGUCUCGAAUACCACAAGCGCAUUCAUACAGGAGAGAAGCCGUAUCACUGGACAGUGGGGGAAGAGUUUUGCUUGUCCGAGUACUCUCGAAAGACACGAGCGAAUUCACAUGGGAGAGAAGCUGUAUCACUGCUCACAGUGUGCGAAGAGUUUUCGUGCCCAGAGUGCCCUCUACAGCCACCAACAGUGUCGUACCGGACAGAAGCCGUACCUCUGCGGACAAUGUGGAUGGAGCUAUACUCGUUCAAGUUCAUUAAGGACUCCCACGUGCUCUAAGAUAAAGCCAUCAUCUGUUGACAUGUGAAUUUGUCAAAGUAAGAUACAUCUUUUAAUUUUUUUUAAAGGAAAUUCUGGCAUAAAAUUAUAAUGUAGUGUGUAGAUGUAGUAUUAUAUUGCGUGGGACUGUAUUGCUUACUGUCCACUUUCAUGAUGUAAUGAUUUUCUUAAUUGAAUUCAAGAUUUUGUCGUUUUCUUCAUUUCACCCGAACGCUACACUACCAAGCAUGCAACACAACGAUACGGAUUUAAUCUCCGAGUGAGACACAGGACACUCCCCCUGACAAAAGAAAACAUAUAGUUGCAAUCAAACUAUUCAACCCCCAUUGCAAAUCAGGUUUAGUGUCAGAAUUGACAGCCUUUCAGCUGUUUGCAAUGAACAAAUCAAACGCAAGCAAUUGAAAUAGUUCAACACAACGAAUGCUUCAAGUGGUUUCCCCAAAUUCAACUGAAAAUACAACUUAUAAUGACUUCUGCAGUCUCAAAAUUAUUUAAGUUUUGACAAUAAACCUGAUUUGCAAUGGGGGUUGAAUAACUUUGAUUGCAACUGUAACUACAGCACCAUCAAGGAGGAGACCCUUGUCCUGUUAAUGGCUUUGCAAGAUUUGUAAGUGUACCUUGGUGACAGUCUUGCUCCAGUUCAUGUGUGCAUGUUGUCAUCGAUGGGCAAUAGUAUUUAACAGCGAAGAAAGCCGGUGCCCACAGCUUCGUUUUGCAGAUGCUCACUUGUCAAUUGUGGUUGUGCUCGCUACUCCGCUCCGUAUUUCUGUUUUUUUUCAUCUGUGCCUGUCCAGUCUCUGAGCUCGAUCUGUCCUUUCUUUCUUUUUGCUGCCUGGAUUUGUAAAUAGUCACACUCUGGCUUUGGGAGUAGCGGAAUAUACGUAACAAUGUUACAUAAUCAGGGUACAACAAACUGGUAACUGUUGGUUAUGUCAAAAAACAAAGUAAUCACAUUACAGGUACAUUUUGUAAAAAAAUGGGAAUACUAUCAGGAUUACAAUUGUUUUCAUUUAAAACCCAAGGAAUUAAAUGUUUUGAUUUAAAAAAUUUGCAUGUAAUGUCUUUUUAAUUGCGUGUCCUGUGAGGAGUGGCCUAUCACAUCAUUUGUUCUGUUGACGUAAUAAAAUGAGAAGAUGCGCAUGAAUACGCACAGGGAAAGCAAGGAUCAGCUUUCCAUGUCAGAAAGACAUGUCAAAACUGAAAAUAUCCGAUUUUUCCAAACAAUCCUCAUCUCUGUUGAGCACCAAUGCUGAUGGCACACCUGCUAAUAAAAAAAGCAGGCUCCAGUAGUGCCAGCAUGAGAGAGAAAACAAUGGAGAUACUGAGGAUCAUCAUCAGAAAGGCAUUUUAAGACUUCUUGGAUUCAAGAGUUUGCAUGGCUCAGGUAUGAUCAUCACGUGCAGAUAAUGUUUGGUGGUGGAGCGGGUUGUCCACUAAUUGUAGGGUUGGAUUCCUGGUCCACAUGACUCCACAUACCGAAGUGUCCUUGGGCAAGACACUGAACCCCAAGUUGCUCCCGAUGGCAAGUUAGCGCCUUGUAUGGCAGCUCUGCUACAGUUGGUGUGUGUGUGUGAAUGGGUGAAUGAGACACAGUGUAAAGCGCUUUGAAUAAAAGCGCUAUAAGUGUGCCAUUUUUUUAUUAGAUUUUUUUUUUUUUAACCAAAAAAGUUCAUGACUAUGUAAUCGCAGAGUGUGGUACAAAAAACAUUGUUAACACAGUGUCUUGUUCAUGUGAACUUCAUGACGUUCAGUUCCCACUUUAAGUGAACUUGAAUGAAAAUGCUGACGCUGUAAAAGGAGGCCAGACGUACACACAUGAUGGGAUGACUGGUGUUCAUUCAUGUGGCACUUAAAAAAAAAUCAUCUACUGCCUGUUUUUUUUUAAUAUAUUUUUUUUUCCUUAUAGGAGCCAAUGUCUCCUUAAUAAUUUUUUUUUUUUUUUUUUGUCUGGAGCCCUGCUUUUGACAACACAAUAUAGAUAUCUGCAUGAUUAUAGUUCUGGUUCUCUCUUGCCAGUUGUGACUCACAUGAGCAACAAAUUUACUUAUUGUAUUAAAAGAAAUCCAAACAUUGAACAUGUUUUUAAGCUCUAAACAUAUUGCUUUUCUCUUGACUUUAUUUACAUAUGUGACCUUGAAGUAAUCCAAAAGUAAUCUGAUGACUACUUUUAUAUUGUGAUGGUUAGAUUACAUUACUGAUUAAAUUAUUUUUUGAAGUAAUUUGUAAGUGUAACAAAAUACAUUUUUAAAGUAACCCUCCUGACCCUGGGCUCACUGCUGAAUUUUUGUAAAUAUCAAAUACUGUAUCUAUUCACUGGUGGUAGGGGUGUGACUGCCAUUUCUAUUGAGUGUGGGUUUUGUCUCUGUUUUGGUAAGGGUGUUUAGGGAAACUGAUGGUCUUUUGUUUGUUUUUGUUUUUAGUUAAGUUAGUUUCCUUAAAACAGCGUUUUUUGUUUGUUGCUUUGGCCUUGGUUCACUCUGAAGUUUUCCUGGUUUACUUGUAUAAAGUAUGUAUAUAUUCAAAAAAUGUGAGUCACUCACUCCACCUUAUAUUACACCUUGCUUUUAUUUAUGUUGUGCGUUUUGUUGUUAGUAAUUUAGCAGCUCCAUCUGCAUACCUAAAUUUCAGGGUGCUGUAGCCAUUAACGGUGGGUGAUUUGGUGAGGAAACUGUAUUACAGUGUUGUAGGAGAUGUUACCAGUAACAAUUCUAUAACCACAUGGGGACAAAAUCUAAAAAAUUUUAAGCAUCUUGAAUAAUUUUGUGUUUUCCAGAUGUACAACUGCUCAGAUUGUGGGAAGAGUUUUACUAAAACUCAACAUCUUAAAAAUCACAAAUGCAUUCACACAGAAGACAAGCCGCAUCAUUGUGGACAGUGUGGGAAGAGUUUUAUUUGUCAGAGUCAUCUCCAACAGCACCAGCGCAUUCACACAGGAGAGAAGCCGUAUCGCUGCUCACAGUGUGGAAAUAGUUUUACUCGUCAAAGUCAUCUCCAACAACAUGAGCGCAUUCACACAGGAGAGAGGCCGUAUUACUGCUCACAGUGUGGGAAGAGUUUUACUUGUCAGAGUCAUCUCCAACAACACGAGCGCAUUCACACAGGAGAGAAGCCGUAUCACUGCUCACAGUGUGGGAAGAGUUUUACUUCCCAGAGUAAUCUCCAAGUACACAAGCGCAUUCACACGGGAGAGAAGCCAUAUCACUGCUCACAGUGUGGAAAUAGUUUUACUCGUCAAAAUCAUCUCCAACGACAUGAGCUCAUUCACACAGGAGGGAGGCCGUAUCACUGCUCACAGUGUGGGAAGAGUUUUACACAAGAAAGUCAUCUCCAACAACACCACCGUGUUCACACAGGAGAGAAGCCGUAUCACUGUGGACAGUGUGGGAAGAGUUUUAAUCAAGAGGGUAAUCUUCGGACACACCAGCGCAUUCACACAGGAGAGAAGCCUUAUCACUGCUCACAGUGUGGGAAAAGUUUUCGUGACCAGAGUACCUUCCACAGCCACCAGCAGUGUCAUACAGGACAGAAGCCGUACCUCUGUGGACACUGUGGAAGGAGCUAUACUUAUGCACGAUCAUUAAGGCAACACAAGUGCUCUAACAUAAAGCCAUCAGCUCUUGACACUGGUUCUGAGGAUCUGGCUGCAGCGGAGGCUGGGGCCAAGCCCGAGGAACUGAGUCGCAUAGAUCCCACGGUAGUAGACUCUCCAUUAGAGGAACCCAUGCUCGCGCUGCAACUAAAGAAACUUGACCUUGAGUUAAGUCGUCAGCAGUACCAAACUCAGCUACUGCAGUUCCAAACACUGGAGCUGGAAACCAAGAAUGAGAUAAAGCUGAAGGAGCUGGAGUUAGAGUUGGCACUGCGAAAUAGGCCAGCUCCCAGUUCACCUGCGUCUCCUGCACCUGCGCUUCCUCUACCUGUUCAUCAGUCAUCGCCUGUGCUAGAGCUUGCGCAUCGUGGCAGCUCGUCUGUAAGUCCUGCUGGUUUUGAUGUUAGUAAACACAUUGCAUUAGUUCCUAUGUUUAGGGAAAGUGAGGUGGACACCUAUUUCCCUGUGUUUGAGCGCAUUGCCGCCAUGUUGCAGUGGCCUAGAAAUAUUUGGUCUUUAUUGCUACAGUGCAAGUUUGUGGGAAAAGCUCAAGAAGUAUGUUCUGCUCUAACGUUGGAACAAAGCUUGGAGUAUGAAACGGUUAAAUCGGCUGUGUUAUGGACAUAUGAACUUGUCCCCGAAGCUUAUCGGCAGAAAUUUCGAAAGCAUGCCAAAACCGCCAGCCAAACAUAUGUUGAGUUUGCGCAUGAAAAGUCUGUGUUAUUUGAUAAGUGGUGCGCCACAAAGAGCUGGCUGUACCAUGCCACCAUUAAAAACAAUGUCAUGGAGAGCACAAAUAUCUAUGUGGAUAGCAUCAUGGAAAACAUGAUGAUGAGCACUUCCUACAUCGACAAUCUGAGGGAGCACACGCUGUCUGCUUUAAGAUGCUCCAAGGUCAUGGGCAUGUGUCAGGAUGGGUGGCCAGAGUUCAGCUCAUGUGAGGGCACCUUAAAGCUGUACUGGGCAGAGCGAGCCUUCCUCACAGUUCAAGAUGGGCUUUUGUUAAAAGGGACAAGGAUGGUCAUCCCAGCAACCCUAAGAAAUGACAUCCUCAGCAAGCUGCACGAGGGGCAUCAAGGUGUGUCCAGUUCAACUGCUAAUGGGAUGCUAGGACCGUUCUACUGUGCUGACUCUCCCAUCUCUACUGAACCCAUCACUCCCCAACAGCGCAGCAGGCGUUACAAAGGAAAAAGAGAGAAGGAGUGCGGACUUAAAAUGCUUCAAAGAAGAACAAGGAGGAGAAGAACAAGUAGAAGAACAAGGAGGAGAAGAACAAGUAGAAGAACAAGGAGGAGUAGAAUAAGAAGUAGAACAAGAACAACACACGCUUGGAGUCAGAUCUUCACUAAAGAGUCCAGACGCCGCUCUUUAGGAAAAUCUCCACAGACUCCUGCUGCUACUGGCUCAAAGAUGUACCACUGCUCAGAUUGUGGGAAGAGUUUUACUAAAACUCAACAUCUUAAAAAUCACAAGUGCAUUCACACAGAAGACAAGCCGCAUCACUGUGGACAGUGUGGGAAGAGUUUUACUUGUCAGAGUCAUCUCCAACGACACGAGCGCAUUCACACAGGAGAAAAGCCGUAUCACUGCCCACAGUGUGAGAAGAGUUUUACUUGUCAGAGUCAUCUCAAACAACACCAGCGCAUUCACACAGGAGAAAAGCUGUAUCACUGCUCACAGUGUGGGAAGAGUUUUACUUUCCAGAGUAAUCUCCAAGUACAUGAGCGCAUUCACACAGGAGAGAAGCCGUAUCACUGCUCACAGUGUGGGAAGAGUUUUACUUCCCAGAGUAAUCUCCAAGUACACAAGCGCAUUCACACAGGAGAGAAGCGGUACUACUGCUCCCAGUGUGGAAAUAGUUUUACUCGUCAGAGUCAUCUCCAACGACAUGAGCUCAUUCACACGGGAGAGAGGCCGUAUCACUGCUCACAGUGUGGGAAGAGUUUUACACGAGAAACUCAUCUCCAACAACACCACCGUAUUCACACAGGAGAGAAGCCGUAUCACUGUGGACAGUGUGGGAAGAGUUUUAAUCAAGAGGGUAAUCUUCGGAUACACCAGCGCAUUCACACGGGAGAGAAGCCUUAUCACUGCUCACAGUGUGGGAAAUGUUUUCGUGACCCAAGUGCCUUCCACAGCCACCAGCAGUGUCAUACAGGACAGAAGCCGUACCUCUGUGGACACUGUGGGCGGAGCUAUGCUCAUUCAAGAUCAUUAAGGAUACACAAGUGCUCUAACAUAAAGCCAUCAGCCCUUGACACGUGAAUUUGUCAAUUUAAGAUACAUGUUUUUAAAUAUAUACAGUAUCUCACAAAAGUGAGUACACCCCUCACAUUUUUAUAAAGUAGUGAGUGUACAGCUUGUGUAACAGUGUAAAUUUGCUGGCCCCUCAAAAUAACUCAACACACAGCCAUUAAUGUCUAAACUGCUGGCAACAAAAGUGAGUACACCCCUAAGUGAAAAUGUCCAAAUUGGGCUCAAAGUGUCAAUAUUUUCUGUGGCCACCAUUAUUUUCCAGCACUGCCUUAACUCUCUUGGGCAUGGAGUUCACCAGAGCUUCACAGGUUGCCACUGGAGUCCUCUUCCACUCCUCCAUGAUGAUAUCACGGAGCUGGUGGAUGUUGGAGACAUUGUGCUCCUCCACCUUCCAUUUGAGGAUGCCCCACAGAUGCUCAAUAGGGUUUAGGUCUGGAGACAUGCUUGGCCAGUCCAUCACCUUCACCCUCAGCUUCUUUAGCAAGGCAGUGGUCGUCUUGGAGGUGUGUUUGGGGUCGUUAUCAUGCUGGAAUACUGCAUACUAAUCGUGCUCUGCUUCAGUAUGUCACAGUACAUGUUGGUAUGUUGGCAUGAGUGGAUUAUUCACAACAAUAAAUGCUUUGUGCAAGACUUAAUUGAUUACAGAGUCAAGUUAAGGAAUGGUGGCUUUAUUUUGGUUCUUGACAUUUAUAAAGCAUUUGACACGGUUGAGCACUGUGAUGGAAAUUAUUAAUUUUUACUUUGUAAUAGUUUUGUUCUUGUUCUGUUCAUGUUCAUCUGAGGAUAACGUCAAAGAAGGUCAUGUCAAGUCAUUUAGAUUAGUACAGAAUGUUCAUCUCCUUACAGAGACACAAACAUGUUUUUCUGUUGAGGGUUCGACCCUGAAACAAAGCCUGUUUGAAUUGCCUCAGACUGCUCCUUAUCGGUACAUAGAAGUGUAUUAUGUCUUGCGCUUUAUAGACAUAGUAAAUGUUCAGCACAAGUGCCCCAGAGCACUCUCAUUAUUCUAUCCUGUAUUCAUCCUUCUGUAAUAAACCUUUUCACCUGAUAGGAUGAGUCCGUGAGUGUUGUCUAAUGUCCACAACAGCACCCUUUUAUCUUUCACACUUUUGAGCUUUGGGGCUAUGGGGAACAUUUUUAGGGGAAUUAUUCAUCCUUUUUAUUAAAAUAUAAGUUGUUCAGUUACUUUGACAGAAGGCACUUCUCUGCGUUUUAAUAUAAACCGUGGAAUUAAAUAAAGGUGUCCUAUCUCACCACUGCUUUUCCUAUUGGUGGCAGAAAUGCUUUCCAUUGCAAUAAAGAGGGCUGAUAUCAAGCAGUUAAGAUUUUGUUAACUCUGUUGUAAUGUCAAUUAGCAAAUUAGCUUUUUUUUUUAAUUUUUAAAGAAUGUUGAUCAGAUACCUAAAGCUCUUCAGAUCAUACAUACUUUUUCUAAAGCUUCUGGAUUAUGCCUCAAUUUGGGUAAAUGUGAAUUAAUGGCUCUACAUGACUGCCAUCUUCUGCCGGCUUGUAGUAUCCUUAUUAAAUCUACUGUUAAAUAUCUAGGGAUAAAUAUUUAAGUAAGUCCAGAUUGAUAGAUGGUUGCAAAGGGAUAUUUAAAUUUUUAGUCGAAUACUUCUUACUAAAGUAGAAUCUGUGGUACAAAUUUUUGCCCACUAACCUUCUACCAAUUUAUACAUUUAUCAUAAAUUUUAGUACUUACAGCCAACAGCUCCUUGAAGAAAUAAAGUAAGACAUGGAACCAGGGAGUGAGAAAAAGCAAGACAGGUCCAAGUUAUUGUUCCACCACAUGAGAUCCACACAGUUGAGACGUCCCAAAAGUGAUCUGAACAACUCAAUAUUGCGGCCCCCUUGUUAUACAUCUCUUCGGUCCUAGUUCCCGCCCUCUGAGUUGUUUUUUACCUUUCAAAUCCCCUUACGUAUGCAUUUCAGACAUUACCACA